UAUUAAAAUUUUCCAAAUUUUUCUUCCUUUCUAACCAGAGCUGUAUCAAAAAAAUCAUGGAAAAUUGAGGAGAAAAUUUUAGAAAACCCGAAAUUUUUUGAAAAUCAGAAACUAUAAAGUCUAAAACUCGCAAAAUCUAAAUCUCUCGAACCUAUAGAAAUUCACGAUCUUAUAUAGCAGGUGUAAGCUCAACUUAAUUCACACAACUCCAAACAUUCUAAACUCCCUCAUUAUUCUCACUUUUUCAGUUCUUUUUUCUUAAAAAAUCACACAAAAAAUAUUCUCCCCCAACAAAAUGGAGCAGUUCAAAAAAAUUUCAUCUUCUUCUUCAACAUCAACAACAUCCUUUAGAAAAUCACCCUCAUUUAAAUAUUCCCCCCUAAAUUUAUUUUUUAUUCUCUCCCUAAUUUUAUUAAUUCAAUCAUUUAAUAUCAACAAUAAUCAAGUUACUGCAUUCAUUUCCUCCAAUAACAACAACAUUCCCUCUUCAAAUUCAUUUUUUCGGCUAGUAAGAAGUAAUGGGGAUGAUUCUCAACAACAAAAACAACCUGCACUUUUAAGUCGGUAUGGACGUGCUGCUGUAUUAUCCCGUUAUGGAAAAAGAAGUGGUGGACGGGCAAUUGUUACUGCUCCUUCGAGUUAUGAUACACAACAGACAGGCCCUCUAUUUUUAUGUCGUCCAACAGUUGAAAAUCUUUUAUUUUUGCGUUGUCAUCCUUACAGAACUUGA